AUGAAAGUCGAGGAGCUUAUUAUCGAUGGAUUCAAGUCGUAUGCGACACGUACUGUGAUAUCAGGCUGGGAUGCGCUGUUCAAUGCGAUCACUGGGUUGAACGGUUCGGGGAAAUCAAACAUUCUCGACGCUAUUUGUUUCGUACUUGGAAUAUCAUCAAUGCAAACAGUUCGUGCAUCCAACUUGCAAGAUUUGAUUUAUAAGAGGGGGCAAGCAGGUGUUACAAAAGCAAGUGUUACAAUUGUGUUCAACAACUCUGAGAUAUCUAAAUCCCCCAUUGGAUUUGAGACCUGUGCUACUAUUAGUGUUACAAGACAGAUCAUUUUAGGAGGAACGUCAAAAUACUUAAUAAAUGGACAUAAAGCACAGCAACAAACAGUUCUAAGUCUCUUUCAGUCCGUACAGUUAAAUAUAAACAACCCCAAUUUUCUAAUCAUGCAAGGUAAAAUUACAAAAGUGUUAAACAUGAGGCCAAACGAAAUAUUGUCGUUGAUUGAAGAAGCAGCCGGUACUAGAACUUUUGAGGAGAAAAAGGGCAAGGCAAAGAAAGUGAUGGCAAAGAAGGAUUCCAAACUUAAAGAGAUUAAAACUUUGUUGACAGAGGAGAUUGAACCCAAGUUUGAGAAGUUCAGGAAUGACAAGCGCGUUUACAUUGAAUUUAAAAACACAGAAACUGCUUUGGAGAAGCACAGGCGUGUUGUGACAGCAUUCGAGUACUCGAAACUUACUCAUUUAUUUACAAACAACUCUGAGUUUACAGCGCAGCGCGAGAAUAAGAUUGCGGAAUUACACUUGGAGAUGGAUAAAUUGACUCACGAAAUAAAUAAUUUAAGCGACGAUUUAAAACAGGUGCGAGAAGCAAGAGAGGCAAAUAUGAAGAAGGAUGGUAAAAUCAAUGAGUUGGAGUAUCAAGAAUCAAAGAUGACAAAUGAUAUUGAAAGAUUAAGGACUAAAAGAGGGUUGACUGCUGAGGAACUUGCCAAUGAAGCCGAAAAGUUGGAACUGUUGAAGCAGAAACAGCAGGAAUUACAGAAACUUUUGAAAGAUGGUGAAUUGUCUUUUAAGGAGCAUGGGCAAAAGCACGAGGCAUCGAAAAACGAGCUUACAUCGUUAAAGGAGCAAUUCGAAAGAAAAAAAGAGUUAUUAGCGGGGUUGAGCACUGGAUUAUCAUCUAAAGGUGGUGUUUCAACCGGUUAUACUUCUCAGCUUAGCAACGUCAAAAACAAGCACAGUUCCUCCUUGAAUCAGAUUGAGCAAAAUAAAUUGAAGAUCCAACAUCUUUCUCAGGGCUUGAAAACAGACGAACCAAAGCUAGCUAAAGCAAAGGAGGAGUUUGACCGAUUUAUGGUGAAUAUCAAAAAUCUUGAAGGCGAUAUUGAAGCCAAAGAGGCAGAAUUAAGUAAAGCCAUGGGUUCAACAACAUUAAAUAUAGACCAGAUACGUGAAAGAGAAUCUGAACUCAAAGCUCAGCAGGAUAAACUAUUGAGACAACUAAAUUACAUGAAACAGAACCUACGCGGUCUAGAUUUCUACUAUGAGCGACCACACCCAAAUUUUGAUGACCGGUUAGUUCAAGGUGUUGUUGCCCAGUUGUUUGAUUUGCCGGAAUCUUCAUAUGAUAAAGCUAUUGCUUUGCAAACAUGUGCUGGUGGAAGGUUAUAUAAUGUGGUGGUGCAAACCAGUGAGGUUGCAUCACAAUUAUUAGAGCACGGUCGCUUGAGGAAAAGGGUCACCAUGAUUCCUUUGGAUAAGAUUAAUCCAAAUGUGUUGGGUGCAGCAAUCGUUGAAAGGGCUCAGCAAAUUGCUCCAGGCAAAGUGGAAUUGGCAUUGAAUUUGAUUGUCUAUGACCAAGACAUACACAAAGCUAUGCAGUAUGUAUUUGGUACGACAUUUAUUUGUGCAGAUCCUGACGCGGCAAAAAAGGUUACUUUUGACCCCCAAGUAAGGACUAGAUCAAUUACGAUUGAAGGUGACACUUAUGAUCCAGAAGGAAACAUAUCUGGUGGCUCACGUCGAAACAAUACCGCCCUAUUGCUUGCGUUGAAGGAUUACAACAAAGUACUUAAGCAGUUGAAUGUCGUUGAUGAUGAGUUGUAUCAAAUAAAGGAGGAGGUUGACAAUUGGGAGAGGGGUAUGAAGGCUACAAGUGGUAUGCGAAAGAAUAUUGAGAUGAAAAGGUAUGAGUUGUCUUUGCUUCAAAGAAAGCUUGAAAAUAACCAGGCAUCAUCCUUUUUAAAGUCGAAUGAAGAGAGACAACAAGAGAUUGAAACAUUAAGCAAUGAAAUAAACCAGCUAGAGAAUGAUUGUAAACAACUUGAAAAGGAGAUUAAGCAGAUUGAAAAAGAUAUGAGGGAAUUCAAUAGUGAUAAAGGUGGUAAAAUUGCGGCAUUGAAGCAGGAAAUAGAGGAACUGAAACUAAUAUUGGAGAAUAAGCAGAAGGAUAUGGCCCUAGAGACUGAAAACUUCCAAGUUUUACAAUGGGAGACUGAGCAGCAACAGUCUGAGUUGAAAGACGUUCAAACUCAAGUAUCUAGCACAGUGAAGAGCAUGAACGAACUCAAGGCAAAAGAUCAAGAGGAUGAACAAGAGCAAGUGAAGUUGGAACGAGAGUUGGCAAUUGUUAAGGCCCAAAUUGAAGAGGAAAAAACUAGCUUGGCAGGACUCGAUGAGGAGCUCAAUGAGUUGACAAAAAUAAUGGCUGCCAAAUCCAAAAGAUCUGAAAACAUAAAAGUAAAGAUCAAAAGUAUCAAUUUCGAGUUGGAAAAAUCACGUAAUGCAACAACCGAUUUGCGUAAAAGGCUAGACCAGAUUAUGAGUGACCACGAGUGGGUGCUAGAUAUGCGCGCGGUUGACCAUGAAGUGUCGGAACAUAGAAACUUGAAUUUUGAUGAAGCAAAGGAGCAAUUGGCUCAAUUGGAAGAUAAAUUUCAAUCCAUGAGACGUAAAGUGAAUGUCAAUGUGAUUAGUAUGAUUGAAGAGAACGAGAAGAGAGAGGCAUCAUUAAAAUUAAAGAUCAAGACUAUUGAAAAAGAUAAGACAAAGAUUGAAUCCACAAUUGAGAAAUUGAAUGGUGAGAUUAGAAAAGCGUUGAAUGGGACUUAUCAUAAAGUGUCUGAAGAUUUCGGUCAAAUUUUUGCUGAUUUGUUGCCAGGAUCAUUUGCCAAGUUGGUUCCAGUGAAUAUGAUGGAUGUUACUGAAGGUCUCGAGGUUAAAGUCAAGCUUGGACCAGUGUGGAAAAACAGUUUAUUGGAAUUAUCCGGUGGUCAGAGAUCCCUUAUUGCAUUAUCCUUAAUCAUGGCUUUACUACAGUUCAACCCAGCCCCAAUGUACAUAUUGGAUGAAGUGGAUGCUGCAUUGGAUCUUUCACACACCCAAAAUAUUGGUCAUUUGAUCAAAACCAGAUUCAAAGGAUCUCAAUUUAUUGUUGUUUCUUUGAAGGAGGGAAUGUUUACCAACGCCAACCGUGUGUUCAGAACCAGGUUCCAAGACGGUACUUCUGUUGUGUCUAUCAUGUAA